UCCUGGGGUCUGAAUGGCAGCACGUUGGGCUGUAAUUAAGACAUCUUGGAGGCGUACUUAACUCAUGACGUGUUGCUUUUCUUUUCCUCUCGGUGAGAAAGUGGCUCUCCCUUGCCUGCAUCAGGUCCUCUGCCACCCAGAGCCGCAAAGAGACGCUCGGGACACAGACACACGCACGCUGACUUCAGGUGAGCACCAAAAACUUCUUCCCUGCUCCUCGCUGCCCUCCCUUUCCAGCUGCUGGAGAGUCCCGGGAGCAUCUCAACCCGCAGGGAGCUCCGCACAAGUGAAGAAGAUUCUUUUGGCUGUAAAGAUGAAGAGUCUACUUUUUCUGGUGCUGAUCUCUGUCUGUUGGGCUGAACCUCACCCUGGCAACUCAAGUCUGGAGCAUGAGAGAAUUGUUCACAUUCAAGAAAAUGGGCCCCGUCUCCUUGUGGUAGCAGAGCAAGCCAAAAUCUUCUCUCACCGCGGCGGCAACGUGACACUGCCAUGCAAAUUCUACCACGAGCACACGUCCACCGCCGGCUCAGGAACCCACAAAAUCCGUGUCAAGUGGACCAAGCUCACCUACGAUUACCUCAAGGAGGUGGACGUGUUCGUGGCCAUGGGGCACCACAGGAAGAGCUACGGCAGCUACCAGGGCAGGGUGUCCCUGCGGGAGAGCAGCGAGAACGACGCCUCGCUCGUCAUCACCAACAUCAGGCUGGAGGACUACGGCAGGUACAAGUGCGAGGUGAUCGAAGGGCUGGAGGAUGACACGGCAGUGGUGACUCUCAAUCUGGAAGGUGUGGUGUUCCCCUACUCCCCGCGGCUGGGGCGGUACAACCUGAACUUCCACGAGGCACAGCGGGCGUGCGCGGAGCAGGAUUCGGUGAUGGCCUCGUUUGACCAGCUCUACGACGCCUGGAGGUCGGGGCUGGACUGGUGCAACGCCGGCUGGCUCAGCGACGGCUCCGUGCAGUACCCCAUCACCAAGCCCAGGGAGCCCUGCGGGGGCAGGAACACCGUGCCUGGAGUCAGGAAUUACGGGUUCUGGGACAAGGAGAAGAGCCGCUACGACGUCUUCUGCUUCACGUCCAACUUCAACGGUCGCUUCUACUACCUGAUCCACCCCACCAAGCUGACCUACGAGGAGGCCGUGCAGGCCUGCCUGAAGGACGGCUCCCAGAUCGCCAAGGUGGGGCAGAUCUUCGCGGCCUGGAAGCUGCUGGGCUAUGACCGCUGCGACGCGGGCUGGCUGGCGGACGGCAGCGUGCGCUACCCCAUCUCCCGGCCACGGAAACGCUGCAGCCCCAGCGAGGCCGCCGUGCGCUUCGUGGGCUUCCCCGACAAGAAGCACAAGCUGUACGGUGUCUACUGCUUCAGGGCCUACAACUGAGAGAGCCUACCUAGAGCAUGACAGUUGUUUUGGUUUUUUGUUUUGUUUUUUUUUUGAUAAAAUGUGUGAAAGGUUUCUUUUUUUUUUUUUUUUCCUUUUCGGUAUGAACUCAUGCAAGCUACCAAAACUGUGAUAAACCUCUUUUACUUACUGUAAAGAGUCAUUUUCAUAGGCACUCCCUCUCCUAAACCCAUUGGUUUAUUUUUGGUUUUGUUUCAUUUUAGUGGUUUUGUUUUGUUUUGUUUUGUUUUUUUUGUGAAAAUAUCAUUCCAUAGAUAUUUUAAAUUAAUAUAAUUUAAUGGGAGCUCUAGGUAAGGAACUUUUAGAUUCAAAUUCUUUAAGCUAUGUCAUCCCAAAACUAUAAUUUUCAUGAAUGGGGCAUGCAAUAGAGCUUGACAAUUGCUAGGGCACAAUUAUGGAGUGUAAGGCUACUCAAAGCAGAAGCUUUUAAAAGCACAGAUUUUACAUAUUUGUACCAGUUUGAGAAACACUGCAAAUUGAUUAUGACAGGAAUUUUAAAAUAUAACAAUCUUUUUGUUAAAGGGGAUCAGUGAGGUUUCGCAAAGGAAUCUCACAACAAUAUAUGUUAGCAAAUAACUGUUUUCACUGGUUCACAUGGGAACAACAGAGAGUUUAACAAAAGCAGCUAAAACGGUCCACAAAAAUAGGACUAGUUUUACAAUUUCAAACCUUGCCUUCCUGAAAAAAUAAGCUCAUGGUCCCAUGCAUAGGAAGAAGCACAGUUAGUUCUCCUGAACAUUUCAAUUGUGUUUUUGUUGUGUAUAAAUCAUUGAGUGAAUAAUUAUCUAACGAGAAAACUCUUGUUUUCUUCUUAUCUCCAAUUAAAGAUGCCUGAGAAGUGUCGUAUUACCUUUGAGUAGCUUUACUGAGCUAUUUUUAAACUCUUAAAGGCCAUUUGCUAAGCAGCAUAAUAGCAUCUACUCAGGGCAGUUGUAUAAAUGAACUGCUGGACAGAGAAAUUGUAAACUUUAGCAGCUUGAUUUUACAUUAGCCUUUGAAAUGUUAUUGUCUUAAUUAAAGAACAUUACAAUAUUUAAUAUUUCUUAGCUAUUUACACAUCACAAAAAAUAAAAAUUAGAAAAAAAAAUAUUUAAAAUGGUGAAGUCUUAAACAAAGACUAUUAGACAAAAUCUGAAACCAGCCAUUAAGUUUUAAAAGAGAAAAAGAAAAAAAAAACAAAAAGAAAACACUUAAUUUCCUUACAUCUUAUUUGUAUCUAAAAAGUGCACCUGUUUUUUAAACUGUCAAUGAAAUACCAUAGCAUCAUUAGCCCUGAUUUACUUAGCUAGUCCUCCUUAGAGUUAACUAAAUAAAGCUAUUGAAAUACUUCUUUUCACUAAAUCUGCAGUGGUCCAGGCAGAAGAUGUUUACCUAAAUCUGCCAGUGUCAGAGAAUAAAAACACGCACUGUGCAUGGUGCCUAGGAUUUUCAGAGCUGCCUAAAGCACUGGGUCCUCCCUAAGUACCAGGUUGAUGGAAUUUGGGAUUUCCAAUGCAAAACUCAGUUUGGAUGCAGCAGUUCAUGGUGCUCAUCUUCAGAUACCUUAAUGCAAACAGUUUUUCAGAGAGCAGGUGCUCGAGGCUUUCUGAAAAUUUACUCCACUUAUGGUGUCUCAAGCUGGAUAUCCAAAACAAACGAAAAAAAAAGGCAGGGAGGCCACUGAUUAAAAAUACCUUGGUCUCGGGUAAUCUCUUCAACGGGUUUUGAUGUUCUCUAUCCAGUAUUGGUUCUACCACUUAAAAAUUGAGAACUCCUUUUCCUGCUCUACACUUGCUGAACUACAAAGAACUCAGAGGACCAACAUUUGUAUUUAUGCCAUGUUUUAUAGCUGCCCACUGUUUCCAUGAUUUAAAAGAGGCAGAGUGGGAUUUAUCCAACUAGGACACAACCUGUAUGCUUUCAUGGAUGGCUCGGUGUAGCUGUUUUCCCGUGGAUGUGAGUAAAUAAAUCUCUUUCCCAGAGUGGUUGUGGUCCUGUUUUAAGACUCUGUGAGCAAACCAGGAGCUAGAUAUGGAAAGGGGCCAUAAGGUGCAUUUUACUGGAGUUCUUUCCCUUUGAAGCAAAUUUCCAUCCUCCUGGGGAUAUUUGCAUCCUCUGUUGAUAUCUGUUCAUACUUUACAGGUGGAGCAAUCUCAGUGCCAAACCCCUCCCCCGUUUUUUUUAAUCCACUAGGAAUUGGAUUUUCUCGAAACAGUACCCCUUAGCUAUAAAUAGUGAUUUACUAUUCAUAAAGUCCCUAUAACCAUGCAACCUUUUUUGAACAGCCAUUUUUUAAAAUCAAUGCCCAUUUCACACAUUUUCUCAGGCCAUCCAGAGCCUUCUCUGAAACCUUUGGAGAAAAAAAGUGGGAAUGGAAGUAAAAAUGUUAAGUAUCCAACCAAGAUAAGGAGUGGGGUAUGUAAAAGUGGACCAUGAUCAAGAGGAAUACUUGUCAUUCCUCUAUCCAAAUUUCAGAAAAUUUGAAAAAAAAUGCUGACUGUUCUACAGAUUUUCUUCUGAAGUUUGGACAGGGAGGUUGUGGGAUGGGAAAAGCUGUAGAGAAUAUCCAAGUAAUUACCACAGCUAGAUCCAGAGCUGCUGUAAAGAGGGGAGCCUUAUGCAACUGGCUCUACCCUCCCCAAAGAUCUGCUACACCUGGAGGAGGCUGCAUGGUUUUCUUAUUGCACAGAGGUGAAGAGACCCUCAUGAAAUUUUUAUUUUUUUUUGUACCUCUCCAAAGAAACCCCAACAGGGUUUCACCCAGACACAUUUUUAUUUUUUUUUAACUUUUUUUUUUUUUUUGCAGGAAUGGGGAUUAUAUUUUGCCUGCAUUAAAAAAAAAAAAAAUCAAAUAAAUGAAUAAAAAUGUACACAUCCAACCCACUCGUGGGGCUGGCUGAAGUGCCCUCACUGCUAGACCAAAGGCACUGCGGGAAAGGCCAAGUUCAGCCUUUCACCAACUUCUGCAACGCUCUGGAGAUGGCUGGUCAGGUCCUAAAUCACAGCAAUCUCAGGCUUGCUCUUGUUUUUUGCCUUCUGUGUCCACAUCUUCCCCGGGCCGGCCGCGGUCUGGGCGUAGCAUCCCCUGACCCUCCCCUGCCUCCAGCAUCCCCCAAAUCCCAGCCCAAGGAGGGUGGCUGAGCAGGCUCUGCACCACCCACCCAGGGGACAACCCCUGGCUUGGCAGCACCAGGAGGGCAAGGAGGGUGUCCAGAGGGAUGCUGACCACCGGCAUCCCAAUUUGGGUUUUGCCGCCUGUGAGUUGGCGUUGGAGACGUCUCUUGCUGUUGUAGGGGGGUGGGGUUGGUAAUUUUGUUAAUUUCGUGUGUGGAGUCGCAGGGUGUGGGCUCACACCCGCCGUGUUGCUCACCAGAAGCUCGGUAGUCUAACCUGGGAUUAGGUUUAGGUCUGUGUACUGUGCUAUUGUAACAGCUAAUCGAUUGUAGUCCAGUAAAAUGUGUUUGUGUGGGGAAAAAAACACAAAUAAGUGUGUAACAAAAAAAAAAAAAAAUUAGUUCUAAUGUAAACAGGUAUAAAAACCAUAAGAAAUGUAUAUGAUUACCUGAGAAGUGGGCACAAAUAGACAAAAAGACACGAAUUAUAUUUAUUUUUACAGCUAAUGACUCCAUUUCCUUUUGUAACGUCAAAUGUCGGGAUGUUUUUCUUAUUUUCAACUAAGCUAGCUAGGUGCUUGAAUAAAAACUUCAAAAAGCAGCUUAAUAACUGGAUUAAAGCCUGUGCUAUUUUCUGUUCAUGAGAGAAUAUUGUUAACGUCGUGUUCUUGGUCAUUAUCUUCUAUUUCACAAUGUAUCAGAAUUUUAAUGCCCAUGAAUUAACAACAAUUAAAUUGUGUUGUUCUUUCCAAUAUGA